UAUGACAGGAUAUUGCGACAAAGCUAAAGAGUUUUACGAAAAAGCUCUGGAAAUUCAAGAAAAAUCGUUAGGUCCAAAUCAUGUUCAUGUUUCUCAGUCUUUAUACAUACUUGGUUUUAUGUGUUAUGAAACUGGAAACUACGACAAAGCCAUAGAGUUUUACGAAAAAGAUCUUGAAAUUCGAAAACGAUCGUUAGGUCCAAAUCAUGUUGAUGUUUCUCAGUCACUAAACAAUCUUGGAUUGGUGUAUAACAAAAUCGGAAACUACGACAAAGCCAUAGAUUUUUACGAAAAAGCUCUGAAAAUUCGAAAAAAAUCGUUAGGCUCUAAACAUGUUGAUGUUGCUCAGACUUUAAACAAUAUUGGUUUGGUGUAUUAUGAAACGGGAAACUACAAAAAAGCUAUAGAGGUUCACGAAAAGGCUAUGGAAAUUCACGAACAAUUGUUAGAUCCAAAUCAUAUUGAAGUUGCUUGGUCUUUAAACAAUCUUGGUAAUGUGCUUGAAAAAACUGGAUACUACGACAAAGCUAAAGAAGUUCUACAAAAAGCUCUGGAAAUUCGAGAACAAUCGUUAGGUCCAAAUCAUGUUGAUGUUUCUCAGUCACUAAACAAUCUUGGAUUGGUGUAUUACAAAAUCGGAAACUACGACAAAUCCAUAGAGUUUUACGAAAAAGCUCUGAAAAUUCGAAAAGAAUCGUUAGGCUCUAAACAUGUUGAUGUCGCUCAGACUUUAAACAAUCUUGGUUUGGUGUAUUAUGAAACGGGAAACUACGACAAAGCCGUAGAGUUUUACAAAAAAGCUCUAGAAAUUCAAAAACGAUCGUUAGGCUUUAAUCAUGUUUAUGUCGCUGCGUCUUUAUACAAUCUUGGUGUGGUGUUUGAAAAAACUGGAAACUACGACAAAGCUAAAGAAGUUCACGAAAAAGCUCUAGAAAUUCGAAAAAAUCGUUAGGUCCAAAUCAUGUUGAUGUUUCUCAGUCUUUAAACAUUUUGGUUUUAUGUAUUAUAAAGCUGCAAACUACGACAAAGCCAUAGAGUUUUACGAAAAAACUCUGGAAAUUCGAAAACGAUCGUUAGGUCAAAAUCAUGUUGAUUUUGCUCAGUCUUUAAACAAUCUUGGUUUGGUGUAUUA